AUGUUGGCGUUGGUGAACCUGCCCCAUGCCCACGCUCUCGUCAUGGGGGCGACCGGUGCCAUCACAUCUAUGGAGACCACCUGCUCUGCUUACGAGGCGUUAAACAGGCGACAAAACAAGAGGGAACGGGACUCCAGGCCUGGUCAAUGUGGGGCCAAGCAAAAGGUCAGCCUGUGUUGGUUUACAGCAGUUAAAUGUUUAUGUAGCUGGCAGGGCUCCUGGUUUGGGGCUCUGGCACGCCGCACUGGCACUGACGAUAAGAGCGCAGAUGAAAGCAGAGAGCUGUGA